AUGCCAUCCACAGCAGCUCAUACCGCCGCCGACCUGCAGGUCAGUGUUACCGACUACGACACAUUGACAGAGACGCACAAGCAACCAAAGCCUGAAGUCGACCCUGAUCUUUUGGCAGCUCAACUGCGAGAUCUGCAAAGACAGUCAGAGCGCUUUCUCGCUAAGCAUCGUCUCCAUGAUAGCUAUGCCAGCAGCAGCAGUACAGGUAGCGACGAAGAGAGCGAUGUUGUUGGUACCCCAGCAUUGGCCAGUUCCGGAGUGUCGACACCUGCAGGCGAUGUCGUACCACGUACACCGUCCAACCUGUCGACUUUGACAACAUACUUUCCGACCUCGCCGACAGGCAAACCACUUUCUGGUUCAGGCCGACUGAGAUCUCCGAGUCCAUUAGCUGCUGGUGAAGUGAAGACUUCAGACUUGCAAGUUCCAGCUGCCAUCGCAGAAGAAGAGCCCAGAUCGAUCUCGCCACACGGCAACGCCCAGGCAACAUCAGCUUCAUCCGUGUAUUCCGAACACCGUCAGCCUGAGGUUCACCAGCCAGACUUCCAAGAGCAAGGACCCAACUCCGUAGAGCGAAAGCACCGACCACGUUCAGCAAGCCUGUCAGUAAUACAGAAAGCAAGCACUUCCAACCGGCGAGUGGUCAGACGUUCGUCCUUUGGCGAUCUACCCAGAAGCAAUGCAUUGGUCGACUGGUUCAAUGCCAGAACUCCAGAGCGACGACUUGAGCUACCAGGUCGUCCUGCGCUUGUUCGACCUGGUCAGAACCAACGCGACCUACCCAAAGAUGAAAUUGAGGUGAUCGGCGCCGACGGUCUUCCUGUAAGCACCGAGACCAAAGCAAAGCGGAAGAAGCUCCAGAAGAAAGGUGGUCCUCCAGCCCAUGGAUCCGAUGGCUUGAGCUCAAGCAGCCAAGAAUCACGAGGCAGUCUAUGGUCACAGGCCAAGGAGUCUUUUGUUGCAACUUACUGUCCAUCGGAAGCACCGCCAUUGAUCUUGCCAUCUGGUCCGACAGACCUCGAGAAGACGUUGUACUUGAAGACGAACAGGCUGGGACUGUACACUUUCGGUGUCUUCUCAUUUCUGUCCCUGAGUGUUGGCAUGUGGCUCUUCGUCAUAUCGUUCAAUGCUUUCUACUGGUUCGGCGCCGUCGUCUUUCUCCUCCAGAUCUACCUCCUUAUUUCUUACACCGUCUCGAUCUGUGGCAAAGACUAUGACAUCAAGAAGCACCAUAAGAUUCUCGAGGAGAACCUGAUCGACCCACUCACCUGCUCAACGGUGGACAUCUACCUGCCCUGCUGCAAAGAGCCCAUCGAGGUCCUGGAGAAUACGUACAAGUACGUUCAGCAACUACAGUACCCCACCACCAAGCUGAAAGUCUACGUCCUGGAUGACGGAGCAAGCGAUGCCGUCAAAACCAUGGCACAGACUUACGGCUACAACUACAUCUGUCGAGAAGAUCGACCACGGUUGAAAAAAGCUGGGAAUCUGCGCUGGGCGUUCGCCAGGACUGAGGGUGAUUUCUUUGCGAUCUUUGAUGCCGACUUCUGCCCCCGCCCCGACUUCCUCUCCGAGAUCAUCCCCAUCCACCUCGCCAAGCCCGACACCGCCAUUGUCCAGACACCGCAAUUCUUCCGCACCUCCACCGAUCAGUCCUGGGUAGAGCAAGGCGCUGGCGCAGUCCAGGAACUCUUCUAUCGUGUCGUGCAGAUCAAUCGUAACCGCUUCGGUGCUUCCAUCUGUGUUGGCAGUAAUGCCGUCUACCGUCGCUCGGCUCUAGAGGAAGUAGGCGGGACAGCCGAGAUAGGGUUCUCCGAAGAUGUUCACACUGGCUUCUAUGCUGUGAACCGAGGGUGGAAGGUCAGGUAUCUGCCAUUGUGUUUGGCAUGUGGGAUUUGUCCGGACACGCCGAGGGCGUUCUUCAGUCAGCAGAUGAGGUGGUGUAUGGGCUCAACAACUCUCCUCACCAACAUGGACUUCUGGCGAAGCAAACUCAACCCCAUCCAGAAAAUCUGCUACCUCUCAGGCAUGAUGUACUACUCCGCCAUUUCACUCAGCAUCUUCAUGAAUCCCCUACCAGGAAUUCUAAUGCUCUGGUGUCGACCCCAAUACGUGCGCUACUACAACCUCGCCUUCGCAGUCCCGUCAAUCGUCUACUCAAUCAUCGCCAUCCGGUGCUGGAGCAAAGCACGCUAUGGCUUUGCCGUCCAGUUCGUCAUGGUCAUCCAGUCCUACGCAUAUCUGACUGCCAUCAAAGAUCGACUUUUCGGGAGAGCUUUGGCGUGGGUCCCGUCUGGCGAUACGAAGGCGCAUAAGAACAAUAAGUAUAGGAACAUGAGGAUUUUGGCGUGGUGUUGGAUGAUGAGUGUGAUGGGAGCGGUGAUUGCUGGGACGACGUAUCAGGUCUUGAGGGGGUUGCCUUGGUAUGAUUGUCUGCCGUUGAUCAUUCUGGAUGCUUUCAACUUGUUCUUGGCACAUCGGUUCUUGCUGUGGAGUGGGAGGAUUUGA